AUGACAAGCACAACAUCAAGAGAAAUUCUUUCUGAUGUGGAGGGCGCUGAAGUGAACAGCGAAACGAGAUGCAAGCGGCCUAAUGCAUCAUGGAUGCCUAAACCCUUCGACAGCCCUCAGGGCCAUAAAGAGCUCCACUGUCCAAUGGUGGUGCUUGAAAAUGGCUGGAAUGCAACUUCUGCGAAGCUCGAGCGAGACAUGGAGGUAUGGCUCGAGGUGUCAGAGGGCCGGGUAAAGGUCGUGAUCACCAUAAAGGCCACCAAGGCUGGAGGCUUUAUCGAUCAGCGGCGAGCCCGGAAUCAAGAGAACAAGCAGGGGAGGAUGGUCGAAGAGACGAGCUUGCGAGCCGGUAGGAACAAGCAGCCCGAGCAAUGCAGGAUUACCGGCUCGCUCAGCAUCCCCUUCGAGGCCUGCUACCUCCGUGAGAGGAGGGCCGAUGAGGCCGACUUUAUUCUGUCUAAUGAAAUGCUCAUCGACAUUGCCAACAAUAUCCAACUUGGCGCCCAGUUCCGUACGAGUAGGGUAUAG